AUGUACAGAAUCGAACCACCGAACGAAGAGAGUUUGCUGAGCUUUUGCCUUAGCUCAGUUCGUGGCGGAGACCUCAGCGAUUCAUCUGAAUGCGACUUUUUGGAAUUCGAUUCGGUUCGCUCCAGAUCCACGGCUUCUCGAUCGCUUAUCACUGGUUUGGAAUUUAAUGUAAGUAGUAUAAAGGGCGUCACUAGGAUCCGGAAGAGCCGUAAUUCUCGAGAAUCUCGCGAGCUCUGUUUGAAUUUUCGUUUUCCGCCUCGAGCGGGAGUGGAGUGCGUUUGGGUCAGAUGUUCCCUUUUCUCUCCCGCUUGUUUCGCCAAUUCUUAUAUUUUUCGGGGAGUUUUGGUGGUUCCUAACCCAAUUCUUAGAUAAUCUUGCAUUGAAUUUCUUGUUUCACGUUAUUUAUACGGCGAAUCAUCGUAAAGGCAUGUCUUUGAUCGGUUUCCGGCUAGUGUAAUAUUGAACUAACCGUUUUUAAUGUUUUUUUUGAAAAAUUCUUGGACUUAUCUUAUUGUCAAUGUUUUCAGAGUUUCAUGGGCUCUCCGCGUCGUUCCAUUUUUGCAUCGAAGGAUCAAAAUUUGAACGACAGCACACACAUGGAAGAGUUUGUGGACUUGGCCUCAAGUCUGCAUGAAGAAUUUGAAUCCAUCAAACUGAGAAGACCAGACCAAGAUGAAUCUGAAGAUCCGCUGGAUGGAUCGAAGGAGGAGUUGCUCAGGAAGUUGGAAGUGCAAGAGACACUCGGGUACUACAUUUUCGAGAACUUAUCUCAAGGUCAGUAGUUUUUGUUAUUUUUUUUAAUUUUUAGGUGGAAAAAAAUCCUGGAGCUGUAAAUAAUUUUGUCCUUUUUAGUCGUAGUUGUCAUUCGCCGCCAGUUUGAACAGCAUCUUGAUGAAUUUGAAGCCAUUCAGAGGGUUUUCUGCGAGUUGUAUGAAACAUGUGGAUUGGAUCGAUGUGAUGUGGAACAUUCGGCCCUAGUUCCCAUCGGAGAGAACCUUGUAGUCGCUUUUUUACUACUGCAUUCCUACUCAAUUAUCCCAGAAAUAAUCGACCGAUUUCGGGCUACCAGACCAACAGAUUACGGUAUGUUUUCUGUACUCUUUUUGAGGACCUCAAUAAACUCCUUUCUAAAUUUGAUCUGAUAUCUAAGUUUGUAUUUGUAGUUGACAUAGUACCGGCGGAACACUUCCUCAUGAACGCACGGGAAUCACUCAAACUCCGGCCAAAUGUACCUCUGUCUCAGGUGGUUCAAACCCUUUUACAACGUCUUCAAGAAACCUAG